GGCCGCCGCAGCCGCGGCAGCAGCCGUUGGAGGCGCCACAUUGUGCGGUGCGGCCGCUCCCGCUCCCGCCCCCGGACGGCCCCGGCCCGAUUGGCAGAUUGUUGAUUGGGAGAUAAAGUGAAUUGCCCAGUGUCAGUGGUAUGUCUUGCGAGUUUUCAGAAUGGCCAUCCAUUAAUUAAAAAAAUUGUGUAAGCAGAUCCUCUUCCACAAUGGAGAUCAUUUUAGGAGAAUCAGAGGCUGAACGAGCUUGGCCUCAUGGUGAUAGCAAAGACUCAUAUGGGCCAUCAACUGGGGUAACAAACAGUGAUGAAUCUCAGCUUCUGACGCCUGCGAAGAUGAAUCAGCGCCAGGCAAAAGAAGCCUAUCUCACGCCAACCAAAGACUCACUUCAGCCCUCCCUCAGUCCGGGAAGUUUUCAUAGCCAGGCUCAUUAUCACCAUAAAGGUUUUGACAGAGGGAAGGAUGAUGCCCUGCAGAAUAAGGAAGAUUCAUCGCAUACUAUCUCAAAAAGCAAGUCUGAAUCCAAGCUCUACAAUGGCUCAGAGAAGGACAUUUCAUCUUCAAGCAAGCUUACAAAAAAGGAAUCUCUUAAGGUGCAGAAGAAAAAUUAUAGAGAAGAAAAGAAGAGAGCCACAAAAGAAUUGCUCAGUACAAUCACAGACCCUGCCGUUAUUGUUAUGGCUGAUUGGUUGAAGAUUCGUGGAACUCUAAAGAGCUGGACCAAGCUAUGGUGCGUGUUGAAACCUGGAGUGCUGCUGAUUUACAAAACCCCCAAAAACGGUCAGUGGGUGGGGACCGUGCUUCUGAAUGCCUGUGAACUCAUUGAACGACCAUCUAAGAAGGAUGGUUUUUGUUUCAAGCUUUUCCACCCUUUGGAGCAGUCGAUUUGGGCUGUUAAGGGUCCGAAAGGUGAAGCAGUUGGUUCCAUCACUCAGCCCUUACCCAGCAGUUAUUUGAUCAUCCGAGCUGCUUCUGAAUCAGAUGGCAGAUGCUGGAUGGAUGCAUUGGAGCUGGCUUUAAAAUGUUCGAGUCUUCUCAAACGGACAAUGAUCAGGGAAGGGAAAGAGCACGACCUCAAUUCUUCAGCAGACAGCUCUCAUGUGACUUUCUACGGUUUACUGCGAGCCAACAAUCUCCAUAGUGCUGAAAAUUUCCAGUUAAAUGAUGGUGAAAUGGAACGACAACAUUUUAAGGACCAAGAUAUGUACUCUGAUAAAUCUGAUAAAGAAAACGAUCAUGAUCAUGAUGAAUCUGACAACGAUGGACUGGGGAAAAGUGAAGAAAGCGACUCGGAUACAUCAGAGAGGCAAGAUGACUCUUACAUUGACCCUGAUCCGAUCGAGCUUUUAAAGGAGACUACGUAUUUGGAACAGAUUCAUGAAGAACUUGGAGAGGCUGGUGAAGCUUCUCAAACAGAAACCGUGUCUGAAGAGCACAAAAGUCUGAUUUGGACAUUACUGAAGCAGGUCCGCCCGGGCAUGGACCUAUCUAAAGUUGUUCUACCUACAUUUAUCUUGGAGCCGCGUUCGUUUUUGGACAAGCUUUCUGAUUACUAUUAUCAUGCCAACUUCCUCUCUGAAGCUGCCCUUGAAGAAAAUGCAUAUAACCGCUUGAAAAAAGUUGUGAAAUGGUAUUUAUCAGGAUUCUAUAAAAAGCCAAAGGGCCUGAAGAAACCUUACAAUCCUAUUCUUGGUGAGACGUUUCGCUGUUUAUGGAUUCAUCCAAGGACAAACAGCAAGACUUACUAUAUUGCCGAGCAGGUGUCCCAUCACCCACCAAUAUCUGCUUUCUAUGUCAGCAAUCGAAAAGAUGGAUUUUGUCUUAGUGGAAGUAUCCUGGCCAAGUCCAAGUUUUAUGGUAAUUCCUUAUCUGCCAUAUUGGAUGGAGAAGGACGAUUAACUUUCUUAAAUAGAGGUGAAGAUUAUGUAAUGACGAUGCCGUAUGCUCACUGUAAAGGCAUUCUCUACGGCACUAUGACUUUGGAGCUUGGUGGAACUGUCAGCAUUACAUGUGAAAAAACUGGAUACAGUGCAGUUCUUGAAUUUAAAUUAAAGCCAUUUUUAGGCAGCAAUGACAGUGUUAAUCAAAUAUCAGGGAAAAUUAAAUUGGGAAAAGAAGUUCUGGCUACUUUGGAGGGCCACUGGGAUAGUGAAGUUGUUAUUAAUGACAAAAAGACUGAUGUUUCAGAGACCUUCUGGAAUCCAACUUGUGACAUCAAGCAGCGGAGAUUAACAAGAUACACUGUCAAGUUUGAAGAACAGGGAGACUUUGAGUCAGAGAAGUUGUGGCAACAGGUAACUCGAGCUAUAAAUGCCAAAGAUCAGACAGAAGCUACUCAAGAGAAGUACCUUCUGGAGGAAGCUCAAAGAAAAGCUACCAAAGACAGGAAAGCAAAGAGUGAAGAAUGGACUUGCAGGUUGUUUGAACAAGAUUCAAUCAGUGGAGAGUGGCAGUAUAAAUAUGCUGAUACGAGACCAUGGGAUCCACUGAACGAUAUGAUACAAUUUGAAAAAGAUGGGGUCAUCCAGACAAAAGUCAGACAUCGGACUCCAAUGGUGAGUGUUCCUAAAAUGAAGCGUAAACCCAGUAGCCAACAGAAGAAAGGGCAGAGUGGCUGUUCCUCCCCAGAGCUAGAUAAUCAAGACUCCUCUGGAAGUGAAGCUCAAUUACUAAAACCAACAACAAGAACAAGAAAGAAGGGGAUAGAUCUUGGAGAACUACAAAGUGCCAUUGAAUCCAUAAAACAAACACAAGAAGAAAUUAAAAGAAAUAUCGUGGCUCUACGAAAUCGUGUGGUUUCCAAUCCGCCAGCCCUGGACAACAGUUUCCUGCAGCAGAGGGACUAUUUCAUCAUUUUCCUCUUGAUUCUGCUACAGAUCCUCAUAAACUUCUUGUUUAAGUAGACGGCCUUCUCAGAUUGCAGCCACAGACUGGAAUGAUGAGAUUUAUACCGGGACCAUUUUUUAAGUUGGUUUGGACUUUUAAAGAAUGCAAUAUUUCCAAGAGAACCUUAGAGAUACAUCGAGAGGCUAUGCCUCAAAUAUCUUCAUGCUUAGCUGGAUUCAGAACUCUACUAUUCCUGCAAAAUCUGCUGUUUAAUUGGGGAAUGUAUAAGUGCCAGAAAACUCUUACUUUUGUGGGAGUAUGUGUUUGUGUGAGUGUAUGUUUGUGGAUAUAUGUAUACAUAUAUGUAUAUCUGCAUAUAUACCCACAUAUCACAUGCCUUAUGUGCACACACAUACAUUCUCAACUGACAAUAGUGUAGUGUUCUAAGCUAUGUUGUCAAAAGUUCAAGUGAUACAUUAUUACCGAAGAUACUCUGCCCAUUCACUUCAUAAAACAGAGAGAUUUUUAUUAACGUGGAAAAAAAAAAUGGAAAAUAGACCCGUCGUAGUCAAAUAACUAAUGCACUGCUAGAAAAAUCUUUUAAAGCACCCAGCUUGGACACUCUUCAGAAACGACGGGGUAAAACUGAUGGAUGGUGAAAUUUAAUAGAUGCACUGGGAAAGACAGGUGACAUAUUUGCUCGAUACAGUAAGUUUACAUUAGAUCUCUGCUUAUUGCUUGUUCCCCUUGACAUUUAAUAACUUUUAUACAUGUGGGUAUAGGUAUGUACCAAUGUGUAUGUAUCAACAUAAAAAUCUCUGAGUUCUGCAGUCCUUGCUAUCAUGCUUUAUGAUGCCUCCUUGAUCUCUUGCAAAACAUACAAGGAAAUGUUAGGCCCACAAGAACCUCUCUGCUAAUGGCUUAUCGAUUCUUCCAUUACGAACCUGAAUUUCAAGGAAGAUUGACUUGGCUUUUCAGUUCGUUCAGAAAUGGAUGAAAAAAAUGCUUUGGCCGUUAAGGUUCAAGUCGCGACAGUUCUUCCAUAACGUUUGUGGGCGGGGAAGCGGGGGGUAAUUCCUGAAGCAGUUCAUUCGUUAAAGAAAACUCAUACUGGAGCACUUAUGUCUUGACCAGGUCCACACAUCUGCACAAACUAGGCCUUUCCAGCGUUAUAUUCAGAGAGACACAGGUUGCAGGGAACAUCCCCUAAUUCCAUAACGCAGUUCUACCCCAAAUGCCUCCGAAAACACCACAUUACUAAGGAAUUGACCGCAGUCAAAAAUUGCCUUUGCUCUCUGAGGCUUUUCCAAGGGUUCCCCAGAAUGCAGAAAUGACCUCUCCUGGGCAGCUAGUCUAUAAUGUAGACUAGUUUCUCUGAGUGGUUUAUACACGAUAUAAAAAGUUGAGACAACUCAGGUUUGUUUCAUCGGUCAGUGAUCGGCACACUUUAGGAAUCUCUUGCACUUUUCAUUUAGAUCUUAAGCUGUUUUGUAGCUAGGGAAAAUGCAAAAUGAUAGUAAUAUUAAAGGUUUGACUUUAAAUGCCAAAAAGGGAAAGAAAAAUGAGGUGACCUUGUCCUGCUCUUUCACGAAUGUGCACAUUGCAAUAGAUGUACAAGUCUGUGAACUUUGGAGACAACCACCAGGUCCUGAAAUUCAAUCGCUUAUCUCCCCCACUUCCUCGUAACGGCACACGGGUGGCAGAACAUCACACUGGUGUGAGAUCCCUGUUUGUUUACAGUUCAGUGGGGCAAAAUAAGAAUUGUUUCUUCUAUCAGUUUUAAUUUGACAUGUCGAUUUUGUUUUUUGUUACUGAUUUUUUUCAUAUUUGUUUUUGUAGUCAUAAAGAACAUUUGUAAAAGUGUAGGUAUUCAGCAUCAUGUGUGUUAGAACAGUAAAAAAAACAAAAAAAGGGUCUCAGAGAGAGGGCAGCUAGAGGGUCUCAUUUCUCCAACCGGGUUUGACCUUCGCACAGAUGGGCUGGUGAGGCACUAAUACAUUCAUUAUCCAUGUGAAUGAAUGUAAAAUCGGGUGGCAUUGGAAGAAUCGUGCGAAGGAUAAUUCCGAGUGAGAACUUGGAUUGUUUUCUCGACAGAUGUAAAUUUCCUGUUUGUCUUUCCAUCUAGGUGGUUGGGUGCCAUCUCACAACGUUUAUAUAAAGGUCAAUUUCAUCUCUAAUAGAGAGAAGGCAAAAUAAAUAUGAUGGAGUUUGGAUGUAAAAGAAAGGUCAGGUGUCUGUAGAAAGAAUUCCCAUGCUAAGAGACCUUCAUCUGUAAUUUGUGAUUUUAUAUUUCUAUUUUGCUUAAAUUCAGCUGUGUCCUACGGCCCACUUGCUUACCUAGUGGUAUCAACAAUGCUAUUUGUUAACAAAUACUGAUAACACUCUAGAUUUCGUUCAUCAUUUUUAGCUAGUAUUAAUUUACAGAAAAUCCUAAAUUGUAUGAUCACAAGAAUCUUCCGUUUGAUCCUAUUGUUGAAAUAAGCAUGAGUUAAGGGAUUUUGUCACUGAUUAACUUCGUGUCCUUAUUUGUAAGAAUCUGACUUUUUUUUUAAAAAAGAGUUAAUGUUCCGAGAGACUUAUGUGCUGGAAAAGUGUCCUUUGUCUCUUAUCGUGGGUUUUGAUUUGCUUGUCGUUGUUGUUUUUUUUUUAAUUUUGAUAACACAUGACUCUCAUCUAUUUUAGCUGAUAAUUCCUGUUUCAUUUCCAGUGACUUGAUGUUCCUUUUCUGUGAACCGAAGAGCGCAUUCAGGGAUCGGAAGGCUUCCUUUUAGGCAAUUCUGUUUAGAGGCUUUGCGUGUGAAUCCUUUAAGAUGCACAAUUUACUUUACGUAUCAGUAUAAUAUAAAGUAGAUCGUUAUUCUCACAGUAAUCAUUGGCCGCCUGCAUUCAUAAACACUGUACAACUUGUAGUUUGAGGACAGUCGUCUCCUACUGAUUUUUAGACUUGUGAACCCCAUGAUGUUUCAUCAUCGCUAAAUUUAAAAUGUCUGAAUUUUUCUUGCAUAGAAAUGUCAUUGUUGCUAAGUGAAUUUCCUUAAUGAUUAGUUUUAAAAUGCACAAUGUCUUUAAUUUUCCGGUUUUUAGUUGGAUGGGAUCGACCUAUUGAAAUUAGGUAAAUAAGUCAUGUGAAAUACUGCAUAUAGUUACAGCAAUAGAUAAUGUAGUGUUUCUUGUAUUUCACAUGCCAAGUACAUUUAAAAUAUUUCUACAUCACUUAUAAAGGUGUACAGUAUGUUCGUUUCCAGAUUCAUCUUAGCAGGCAACUUGCACUUUCUUUCAAGCUGCAUUGCAAAAUAUAGCAUUUAUUUACACUUCAUGCUUUUGUGCCUUUGGGAGACUCUCUGUUGCUAUUUUUUGUUACUGGGACAGAAUCUCAAUGCAAAAUUGGUCUAACAUCUCAGAAUCUUUUUUUUUUUGUAUAAGGUCAUUCAUUGCUCUGUCACUUUAUUUCCUUUUAUAGAUAGAGAAUAUUUAAACAAGACAGUACUUUUUAUAAGAAUUUGUCUAAUUGUAUUUCAAGUAUAUAGUCCACUCUUCAGACAUCGUUCAGAUAGACUCGUCAGAUAUUUGAGUAUUGUAAACAGUGCCUUUUUAAUGGACUCCACACUGUUUUGAGCUGUAUAAAGAAGUUGUUCAUUUGUGCCAUAUAUACAUGUAGAGCGUUUUGUGCAAGGGGGAGAAGGGGGCUGUUUCUCUUAACUUUUUCGACUUUCACACGUAAAUAUUUAAGAAAAUAAAUGUAGUAUGAGUUCAAUUCUCCCAGAUUUUAGCAUUUUAUCUGCCCAUCUACCCUGUUUUGUAUCCAUACAAAGUGAUUAUAAUUUGUGACGGUAUUGAAGCCAUACUAGAACUUUAGUAGGGACCGACUGUAUUGAUUUUUGACUAAACCCAGAUCUUUAUAUUCAGGUAGAUUUUUAAAAACAUUUUAAGGUCCCAGAUUCUAAUGAGUUUACAGUCCAACUGGUUUCACUAAAUGGGAGAAGAACUUUUACAAAAAAAAAAAAAUGCCGCCGCUAUCUCAUUCUACUUAAAUGUGCUCUAUCUACAAAGUAUAAGAUGAGCGUAUUUAGUUUUUGUCACUUAAAUAUUUGGCUUCUUUUUGCACUGUUCGAUUUUAAAAUUGAAAAUGGACUGUUAAAAGCUUCGUAGGACCAGUGUCACAUUAAAUCUGAUGGGCGAAACUUAAACCCCAGAAUCCUCGAUAAAUCGAAUUUCGAUGCACUGCCUAAAACGUUUAUUUAGGGAAAAACUGUUCCUUGUUUCUGCAUCUCUCAAAUAAAGUGGUUUUAAUACAUUGAGCAAUUUAUUUGAAGUAAACCGCCCUGUACCAUGAGACAAGGCACUCAGAAUCCCACUGGAAGACCCCAGAAGUUGAAAUUGUAUCGCAUGCCGAAUGUGAAACAUCUUGUAAAUGACCACUUGUAAAUUCAAGCACUACCCGCUGGUCGAUAGUUUUGUAAGAUUAACUAAUAGAAUAAAGAGAUGUUAUCAGCAUUUAGGUGUAA